AUCCGCCGCACCAAUGCCCUGGCACGACUCUCGCAAACAUCGGGGAUACUCCGAUGCUCACCGUGACGUCCUGCCGACACAAGUUUGUAGGCCGGCGUUAGUGCCUUGAUUUAGGCUGUACCCCGACCGCUCGGCUGAAAACCGAGCGUGAUUUGCAUAACACGCUGGGUGUUAGCUCUGCUCGGCACAUCGUUACUACGAUUCCCCGCAACUUCACCUGAGGUGAUCUCCAUGGUUUUUCCGGUGCCAGACUCCCCCACAAAUGACUGGUCGCGGAGAUGGGUACCCCAUGUCCACUGCUGAUUCAGGAACGGGUCAAUGGGUAUGUGACGUGAGAUCGGUGGUAUGGUUCGAUUUUCCCAGUGAUCAGGUACGACAUGUUUAUAUGACGGGGUGACCGCCGAUCAGGUACUUUUUUUUUCAAGCAUCUCAAUUCAAUCUCAAGAUGAGGCUCUCCACUUUCCUCUUCUCGUCGCUGCUAUCUGUCGCCGUCUCGGCUGCGCCCUCAAGCGCGCCGAAGGCUCCUGAGUUCUUCUCUCAGCGUGUCGUGUUCACGCCGCCGUCGAACUACACCGACCCUCGCACUCUGUACGCUCGUACCGCUGAGUUCGAGAACGGCAACCUCCUUGCAACAUGGGAGAACUACAGCCCUGAAGGCAGCGACCCCAAGUCGAAGGUCUACUUCCCCAUCUACAAGUCGACCGACGGCGGGUACAACUGGAAGGAGAUCUCGCGCGUGUACGAUCAGGCGCAGCCUCAGAACGGCCUCCGCUACCAGCCAUUCAUCUACGUCCUGCCCAAGAAAUUCGGCAAGUGGCCUGCUGGUACCGUUCUGCUCUCAGGAAGCUCCAUUCCUACCGACCUCUCCACCACACAGAUCGAGCUGUACGCUUCGACCGACAAGGGCUACACCUGGGAGUUCGUCUCACACAUUGCGGCCGGUGGCGUGGCCAUUCCCAACAACGGCCUCACCCCCGUCUGGGAGCCGUUCCUGAUGCUGCACCAGAACAAGCUCAUCUGCUACUACUCCGACCAGCGCGACAACGCCACCUACGGCCAGAAGAUGGUGCACCAGACCACUACCGACGGCAAGAACUGGGGUCCGGUGAUCAACGACAUCCGCCACGACCGCUACACCGACCGCCCUGGCAUGCCCACCGUGACCCUCCUGCCCAACGGCAAGUACCUGAUGACCUACGAGUACGGCGGUGGCCCCACCAACAGCCCCAACUACAAGUUCCCGCUGUUCUACCGCCUCUCCACCGACCCCGAGAAAUUCGACUCGGCCGAGGACCACCAGCUCAUCACCACCGACGGCACCAUCCCCGAAGGCUCGCCCUACAACGUGUGGAGCCCAUAUGGUGGCAAGAACGGCACCAUCAUCGUCAGCUCGGGUACCAGCGGCGAUAUCUACAUCAACAGGGGACUCGGUGAAGCGGGCUCGCCUUGGAUCAGGGUUCCUACACCGGAGAAGGAGCACUACACUCGCCAUCUGCGUGUGCUCAAGGGCGGGAAGAAGCUGCUCAUUGCGGGUGGUGGUGUUCUGCCUCCUAGCACGACGAACAAGGUGCAGCUGUCUGUCAUUGACAUUACGCAGUUCCCCAAGGCUUAGGAUGGAUGUUGUAGAUAAUUGUGAUAAUAUAUG